GCGGGUCGGGAGGCGUGUCCUUGGAGACGCCGGGCCUCUGGCCGUGAGGCUGCUCCAGAAUGGAAGGUGGAGAAAGCAGUGCGGACCUUGUAAUUAACAAAAGAUUUGUCUCGGAAGCUGAGUUAGAAGAACGUCGCAAGCGAAGACAAGAGGAAUGGGAGAAGGUUCGGAAACCUGAAGACCCGAAAGAAUGUCCCGAAGAAGUUUAUGACCCCCGAUCUCUCUAUGAAAGGCUUCAAGAACAGAAGGACAAGAAGCAGCAGGAAUUUGAAGAACAGUUCAAAUUCAAAAACAUGGUGAGGGGACUGGACGAAGAUGAAUCCAAGUUUCUCGAUGAAGUUUCUCGGCAGCAAGUACUGAUAGAAAAGCAGCGUCAUGAAGAAGAACUCAAGGAGCUGAACGAGUACCGGAGCACUUUGUCGAAAGUCGGAGCUGGUGCUGACUUGAAGAAGGAGGCGGAUAAGAAACUGUCGGCAAAAUCGGAAAACAAGAACAAAUUCUCUCAGGCCAAGCUGUUAGCAGGAGCUGUGAAACACAGGAGUUCAGAAGGCGCUAACAGUGUAAAAAGAUUGAAACUGGACCCGGAUCCUGACGACGAUAAGGUUCCAGAGAAACCAUCUUGUGUCCCACGGGGCAGCAGCACCAUGAGCGGCGCUACCCUUCACUGCCCCUCGGCCGCCGUCUGCAUCGGCAUCCUGCCCGGCCUCGGGGCUUACUCAGGAAGCAGUGACUCCGAAUCCAGCUCAGACAGCGAGGGCACCAUCAACUCGACGGGCAAAAUCGUCUCCUCCGUGUUCCGCGGCAGCAAUUUUUUUGAUGCUCCGCUCUAGGCCGCUUCUUCGAGCCUCACUCAGAACUUGUGUCCUUCUUCAGCCCAGUCAUUCCCUCAAGCUCACCUCUUUUUUCCGGUCUCCUCUUUUUUUCCCCUUUUUUUCUUUUUUGGACAAACUUUUAAUGCUUCGAUUGAUGUACAAACGAAACCUUAAUGUUCACACAGUUGAUAUUGUGAGCUCUGUUUGUUGAAGAAAAACAAUUAAACCCCCCUGGCUAUUGGACAGCCUCCCUUGAGAGACA